AUGCCUAUAAUCGCCAUUACCGAUCUUGACCCGAUCGAAAUUCCGCAUCACUUUAGCCUCACUCACUGUCAACCUACUGAGUUCGAACUUUCUCCCAAAGAGACAGAAAAGGCUUCGCUUCCUCCUCACUUGGAUUCUAUCCUCGCGGACUAUGACAUGGCAACCAGUGGCUCACCUAAAAGCGAAAAGCUGAUAAAAUCUCGCGUUAAUGUGAUUAUUCUAACGAUUUUGGCCAAAAUGAAGCGCGAGUUCACUGCGAAGCCUCGUCCCUCCGCCUCUUCUAUACCACUCAAGUCCAUCCACGUGAAAUUCAAACGCAAGAUAAAAUUCGAUUGGAAAAGCGAUAAUCGACUAGUGAGACUUUCCGGCAUCGUUGACUACUCGAUUUCGUAUGGUAUGCCUAAUAAACAUGCAACCAAUGUGGUCAUGGUUGAAUCGAAAAGACCGCACUUGCUUAAAAGCGGUAUGUUGCAUUGUCUUGGCCAUAUGGCGAUGAUCCAUGAAACGAGAAAGCAGUCCCAUAUCCGAGACAAGUCUGUGUACGGAAUCGCGACGGACAGUUACCAGUGGGUGUUUAUCCGGAUUCGCCCAAAUGGAGAGUGGAUUGAAAAGACUUACAGCUGGGUGGACAGUGCCCAGGAUAUUGUCUCGAUGCUGGUCAUAAUUUUCGCCCAUGCUGCCGGAUUCGAUCCUCUGACCGGCCACAAAAGGGGGUAA